GCUGAAGAAGAAGCACUCCGGAACCUUUGGAAGUGGUGGUGUUGUGCAACACCGGUCAAUUGUACAGCGCUGGACACUAUUCAAAGGGAGAAGUUGUCAAAUCUGCACGAUGUUGUAGCUUAACAGAGAAGUUAUUUACUUUAUUGAAUCACGAUGUGGGUCGCCAGGCGGUUCUUAUCGUCGGUUGUUCAGCGGGCUCAGUAUGCAGGACAGUCCGGUUUAUUCCGCCGCCCUCACCACGGCUCUUUUCCUGAGCUGGAGCUGCGGUACCUUCAGUGCACAUGUUGCUGGCGAAGCCGGAUUCAAGUGGCAUGCUUUGAGACCCUGAACGCCACCCUCUCCUCCACUUGUGAGCCCUGCAAGGGGGGCAGCAACAAGUCUCUGGACGCCUGCUACACAUCCGAGCAGCGAGACGUCAUCCUCCAGCUUCUCAACAACGCCACAGCGUCAGAGCUGGCCGGUGUCAAGCUUCUGAGAGGGCGCAAAUGUCACAACAUUGUGGAGUACAGGACUAAAAACGGACCCUUUUCAACUCUGGAAAGUGUGGUGAAUGUUCCGCUGCUGAAGCAUAAAAGUGCUGUCAUAGUUUUCAACUCCAUCCUGAACCCGGUUAAGAAGGAGAGGAAAGUGAGGAUACAGCUGGCCAAGUUUAUCCGGCCAGAGAUUGACAGGUCCUGGUUGGAGGAUGCCAGUUCCAUAGUGUCUAUAGUGUGUGGGACUAAUAAAAUCGCCUGGGCACAUGUGGACUGCAGGAUGAUGGUACUGGACUGGCAAAAGCUGGAAUGUCCUAAUUUCCUUAAGGGAACCUAUAUGGCUUCUUCUUACUUGAAUGAUGUCUCUGCAGCUGUGGAAGUCCUCCCUUCAGCAGACUUCUACAUCAUAGAGAAAUCCUCUCUCUCAGUCCAGAACACAGCUCUGUUCCCUGUCAUGGCCCACAUGAGGGUUGUGGAGGCCAUGCUGUUCGCUCUACUGGAACCUAGAAACUCAGCACCUGAGUCCAAUGUUCCUCCCAGAGUUCUCAACAUGAUGCGCAUUGCUGUAGGACGCCACUUUGGACUGAUGGUGGGUGAGUGUCGGACCAGCGGGGCACAGACUGUGCGGCAAAUGAUGACUGAGUCGGUGACACACAAGCUUCCAAGAAUACAUUUUCCCCAAGAGCUGCUGGUUAAGUACAGGAACUCCUUCAAAAUGGAGAGCAGAGGAGGAGGGGAGGAACUCUGUGAUGCCCUGCUUCAGGCUGUGGCUUUUUAUGAGCUGCUUAGAGUGGACUCUUCUAGUUAGCCUCCACAUGGACCGAUUUCGUGCCCCGACGGCUUAAACAAACCUAAGUGGCAUUCUGAGCAGUAUUGAACUUAAACCCUAAAGAGAAUUGGUGGAAGUUGGUUUAAAGUAUUAAAUAUUCCUCAUGUUACAUCAAGGACUUAACAUUUUUUUUUAGUGAAACUGAGCACACUACUAUUGUUACUGUCAUUUUGGACACUUGCAUCAAGCAAUAGUUGUCUGCUACCAUCUCCUGUCUGAGGAUUUCUGCUCAUGUUCCUUUGUCUUAGACUUUAUUUAAUAAAAAGAAUCUUAGUUGCCUCAUCAGCAACCCAUGUCUGUACAUGAUCAAAUAUCUUUAAUACAUUAAAAUGGUGGCAAAAUAAUU